UGAUAUUUUUUAUUUCCAAUAAUAAUCAUUUUUAUUAUUAUCUAUCCAUUGAUGGGUCAGUCACUGCGAAGAUAAGGAAGGUCCAUGAAAAUCUAGAUUAGGCUAUAUAAAAACUUGUUAUUUGAAAAUAAUUGUAAUUUAUAUAUGUGAGAGUUUUUGAUAGCUAUUUGUAGUUUAAAAAUAAUUAAUUUUUAGUUAGCUUUUUUAAAAUUCAUUGGAUCUACUUAUUUUGAUUUCAUUUUAUAUUACCUGAAUUACUAUAAAAAUAAUCUUAGUGUUUUGUUAAAUUGGAUAGGCUGAGACAUUUCGAUAGAGUGAUUUUUUUCAUGUGGAAAUGGGGAGUCGAAGCUUUACACCAAAAGAGCAGCUGGUUGCGAAUCCUUGGUCUAGAAUGAUCUCAGCAAAUCCUGAAGAAAGCUGGGUUGACAAAUAGCAGAGAAUAUGAGUAUGGCAUCUUCAUAAAUUUAUUUAUUUUGGUUAUGGGUUAAAGUGUUAAAAACUGGUUUCAAGUGAAAUUUUAUGAAUUAUCCUUCUGUUAACAAUUUCAAAUUAUUGGCAAUUCCAAUAACAAGUUAAGUGAGUCAAUGGGGUUCAUGAGAAAAUCCACGCAGGAAUCUGAGCAAAAAGUUAAAUCUAAGAGAAGACAAUUUUCUUUGGAUGAUUUUAAGAUAAAAAAACGCUAAUAACUUCUUAUUGCCAUAUAUUCCAGGGGCUAAUAAGAUCGAAGCUUCAUGGGAACAAGAAGCAAGCUGUCCUCUGAUUUGUACUUGUCACUUGGAACACCUGACGGAAACUGCAAUUUACCGUUUCAUGCGAACACAUAAAGAAAAUCCAAUAUUUGCAGAUGUAGGAAUUAGCGAAAAUAAUGAGAUUCUGAAUGAGGAAACAUUAGACACUGUGGAAAUACUAGAAGAACAUGGCCAUACAAUAAUACGAUCAGCAAUAUGCAUUCUUCAAACAGAAACAGAUCCUGUAGAUCUAUUAGAAACUCUCCCGAAGAACAUAGAAAGCUUAACAAUAAUCCAAGGGUACGAAUCGGGUAACAAAACCAUCAAAAUAAGCUCUAUGAAAAAAUUUACACAGUUGGUAACUAUCGAAUUGAUCGGACCUAAUUUACAAAAUGAACCCCUGAACAGCCAUUUAAUUUGUGAGAUUGAUUCGGCAAUUGGAGACUUGAAAUAUUUGAAUUUAGAAAGAGUCUUGAUAAAAAAUUCUAAAGAACAGUUAAUGCAAGCAUUACAACAGAUAAAUGAGGAAAACAUUACUUUUGAAUAUCCUCAAAAAUUUGAUGAUAAUUCGCAUAUAACAAUCGUCCGAAAAACAAAUAAUGAAGAAACGGUAGUUCCUUACGAAGUUUUUAUAAAACAAAGAGAUGUGACAAGCGAUAUGCCCAUCUUUAGGGGUUUUAAGAAGUUAUUGUUACUAAGAAUUAGCAGCUGUAAUUUACAUGAUAUUAAUUGGGAAAUGUUUGAUCGACUCCAAGAAUUACAAUAUUUAAUACUCGAAAAAAAUGGUUUAAAAUUUAUACCACCUUUUGCUUUUCAUGGGACUCCCAAUCUAAAAACACUCUCAUUGGCUCACAACAAUCUUCUAGAUAUACAAAUAACUGAUCUCGCAGGUCUAUUACACUUAGAAUAUAUAGAUUUAAGUUAUAAUAAUUUUACUCAACUUUCCGAACUAUCAUUUCCACCAUUUCCAAAAUUAAAACUGGCGAAUUUUGCCAAUAACCCGAUAAAUACAAUAUUUUCAAAUACAUUUGAAGUUAUGAACACUACUAACUCUCUAAUAAUUGGCAGUGAGCUUAUGGCUCUUACGUUGGUUACUAAUUCCUUGUUGGGUUUGAAUCAAUUGAAAAAACUUACUUUAAACAAUUUAGAAUUAUUCGUUUUAAAAAGAGAUCUGUUUACUGGAAUGCCACAAUUAGAAGAGCUUCUGCUUACAGGUAACAUUACAAAAAUAGAAUAUGAUGCAUUUUUAGAAAUUAAACAAAUAAAAACUCUUAUACUAAGUAGUUGUCAAAUAAUGAAUAUAUCAAUGGACAGUUUUAUUGGUUUGACUAAUUUGCAACUUUUAGAUUUAUCUAAAAACCAUUUGGAGUAUAUUCCUCCUGGUACUUUUGAUCACUUAGUGAACAUAAAAGAACUAUAUCUAAAUAAAAAUAAAUUUAAACAACUACCAAAGGAUAUAUUCCUUAAAAUUCACCCGAAAUUGAUAAGACUAAAUGAUAAUCCAUGGCAUUGUUCCUGUGAUAUGAGUGAAUGGAAGCCAAUGAUAAUUAACAAAAUCAAACAAAUAAUUGUCAAACCAUGCGACUACACCAGUGAUAAAGGUAUAUCUUGUGCAAAAGAUAGAUUUGCUUAUAAGUAUAUUUAUGAAAAUAAAAUAGCUCCUAAAUGCUCACAACCAGACGAGUUUGUAAAUUGGAACGUUUUCCACGCCAUGAGAAGAAUAUUAAGAUGUGCAGAUUACAAACCAAAACUACGAAAACGCUUUAAAAAUUCUACAGUCGUAACAGGCAACGUUGUUGAUACAACUAUAAAUGUGUCUACAAACUUAACAAAGUUGGAAAAACUCAAAUAUAAAAUUAAGAAGCAUAAACUACUAGAAUCCAAAAAAUUGAGAAAGCAUCUGAAACAAGUUGAAAAUGUUGAAACUAAUAAUAAUACAAACAACUUUGAAUCUAAUCAAAUAGAUCAAUCCUCCGAAGCGGACACAAAACAUAUCAGAUAUAAAAAAUUCAACGCAAAGAAUCAAGUUGAUAACGAAAUAAAGAAUGACAUUUAGAAAUAAAAAUAUGAGUAGUACACUAGGAGCUUGUAAAACUUUUGUUUAAUUCGCUAAUUAUUUUUUAUAUUUGCUUUCUCUCUUACAUGUCUUUUGGGCAGAAUUAUUAUAUAUGCUGCUGGAUAUCAACAGUUUUUCAAUAUUUGUUUUAGAAUGUGUGAAAGGUAUUGUUAUUGCCAUAGAAUAGAAACUACAUUCUGAAUUUUAACUAUUUUUUUAUUUUUCACAUUUUAAUAUAUAUAAAAUAUUUAUCUGUAAUUUCGGAUAGUUAGUAGUUUUAACUAUUACUAGUUGCUUUCCAAUUCAUUAACCACUUUGUACCCAAAACAUGGCUCGAUGCUCUCAUGAAUUUGGCACACAAGAAUUAAUUUAAAUAAAUUUCGUAAGUUUUGUGUCAAGUGUCAAAUUUGAAAACGUAUCACAAAUAAUUUGUUUAUUUGUUGCCUUGUCCGAAAUACAAGAUAUUUGAUUAAUUGAUGAUAAAAUACGAAAACUUUAGAAGCACACCCUUAAAACUAUACUUUUGACUUUUUGGUAUUCUUCAAUAAGAAAUAAUGUAUAUCCCCAAAUUUGUCUCUGAAUCCAAUAAUACAGAAAAAAUUUGUUUUAAUUUACUUAAAUCGAUAUGAAUUUUAAAUAAAUACCCACAUAACAUCAAUUCAAUAGUUUGUGUUUAAAGUACAAUUUUGAAGCUCAUUGAGCACAAAGAUUUAUCUGGUGUUUUAGGAGCAAGGGUAAAACGCAACUGUGUUCGACGCACAGAUCUUGAAAACGACAAUUUGGAACAUGGGUUUGAAGCAUUGCACACCCUUAUGCUCGAUUGGGUGCUCAAAUUGAGUAAUUGGAAAGCAACUUAUAACUUCUGCAUUUACAUCCAGCUUACUCAUACUUUAAAAAGAGUUUUGUUGAACUAUUCAAUAUUCAAAAAGUUGCUACUUUCAGCAAAUAGAAAUUUAUUUUGUAUAAUUGUAAACCAGCAAAAAAUAAUUAAAUUAUAUAUAUAUAUAUAUAUAUAUAUAUAUAUAUAUAUAUAUAUAUAUAUAUAUAUAUAUAUAUAUAUUAAUAUAAAUUUUUUUGAAUGUUACAAUUAAUAGAAAAUAGAUAUUUUGUAUUAUGAUACUCUAUUUAUUAAAAAAAAUAUUGUAUGUGAUUUUUAUUAAGGCCUGUCUAAUAAACAUUUUAAAAUUAUUAGUAUUCAAAUAACCCCAAGAUCACCCUAACAACUUCACUGUGAAAUUUAUAUCGAGCUAAAAUAACUUCAUUUCAAAUUACAUGAUUUUACUUAAUAUCAGCUUUUUGUCAAUAUACAGAGUUAUUCAUCAUAAAUUACCCAGACUUUAUUUUCAUUAUUAAUACCUAAUGUUUCAUAGAACAAUUGGAAUGCUAUCAAGAGUACAGUGGUUAAUAUAUAUUCCAGGAUAUACAAACAACAUCCAUUUUCAAAUUUUAUACUUUCAAUAUUGAUAAAUCUUCUUACAAACUAGUGACUUUGGGCUAACAAAAUGAAAAUUGUGUACAAAUUUGGUUGGGUUUGUGUUUUAAUUUCAACAACUUGUCAAGUCGAUAAAAAAUUGAGGCAGACUGGAUUAAUCGGUGCUGUGAAAUAUAUUGGUUGUCUAAAAACAAACCAUCGAAAUUUCAAUAUCAAAGCAACGAGAGGAUUAAUGGAAAUUCAUGAACAUCAAUUGAUUGUCGUGGAACUGCAAAUUCCAUGCUCUCUGGUCCAAAUGUUUUUUUUUUCUCUAUUAGAUUUGGUUUUGGUCACUUCCUCUAUCUCUAAGUAAUUGCAAUACUCAGUACAAACACUGUUCCAACAAGUUAAGGACGAAAUGAAUGAUGUACAUUUUGAAGUAUUGUAGGCAAAAAUAACUGCAGCUGAUCUUAAACUAGUCGAUGAUGAUUUUGAUUAUACGAAUAAAGAUUUUCUACAAGUGUGAAUCCACAAGUUCAAGCACAGGAACUUGGUUAUUGAUAAAGUACAAUUAGGCGAAAAUAGU